AUGAGGAUCAGUCUUCCUUCGUUGCUGCUCUCCCUCCUCUGGGUAACGACCUCACUCGCUCAAAAUGUCGUGGAUGAAAUGUCCUUCGGACACAAACAAACCAUCUCGCCCAAUUCCUUUGCCAUUCCUGGUUGGGCCAUGCUCGGUGAAGGACACGUUCCUCAACUCCUAUCGGACAAAGUCAUCCUUACACCUCCCUAUGGCGGCCACAAGCGGGGGGCUCUGUGGACGGAACAGAAGAACUCAUUGCAGGACUGGGCUGUGGACUUCAAAUUCAGAGCAAGCGCUGCGGAUAGAGGCAGCGGAAAUUUGCAGCUGUGGUACGUCGCCAACGGAGAUAAGACUGUGAGCACGUCAAGCAUAUACACCGUGGGGAAUUGGGAAGGACUUGCAAUUGUGGUCGAUACAGUAGGAGGAAUACAAAAGAUUCGAGGAUUCCUCAAUGAUGGCACGGUCGAUUACAGGAACCACCCCAAUGUUGACAGCCUAGCAUUUGGCCACUGCGACUACGUCUACCGCAAUCUCGGACGACCGUCUCAUAUCAAUGUGAGACACACCCGCGCCGGAGGUCUUGAAAUCCGUGUCGACGACAAAAUGUGCUUCACCACGGCGAAGAUCACACUCCCAUCAGAUUACGGGUUUGGGAUGACCGCAGCAUCAGCAGAUCCUCCCGACUCCUUCGAAGUGUUUGCAUUCACUCUGUCAUCCAUCACUACACCACCAUCUCAGCAAGGCACGAACCAACAAACAUUUUCGCAAAAUCAAAAUCAAGGCCAAGGGAUGAUGCAAAUGGAAGACCAUCCCGCCUCCUAUUACACUACGGCAGAAACCCAAUUCGCCAACCUCCACAACCGCCUCAACCUCAUCUCCAAAUCCAUCCAGAACCUCUUCGCUGAACUCCAACGCGUGUCUUCCACUUUGGAGUCUCGACACGCCGAAAUCCUCGCCCGCAUGCCAAAUUCCCAGUCCAUUCUGAGCCUUGAUAACCGCAUGGCCAACCUCGACCGCAUGGUGUCAUCUCUGGAGAAAGAGUUGAAGAGCAGUGACCACCGGACGCAGUUUGCGAAAUUGAGUGAGCAAAUCGCGCAGACCCAUGUGGGCGUGACGGAACAUGUGCCAGAAAGGCUAAGGGAGUACGUCAUUGCGCAUACGCCCAGGAUUGGAUUCAUUUUGUACAGUUUCAUGGCGUUCCAGACAUGUUGCAUUGGUGCGUUUGUGUGGUAUAAAUGGCGCAAGAGUACGAUGCCUAAGAAAUACCUGUAG